ACUGUAUAAGGAAGUAAGAGGAGAAGUAAGAAAGAUAAAAACAUGGAAGUGUCGGGGAAAUUUGCUGUUUCUUCAGAACAAGAUUCCAAUCUUUACUGCUUUCCUUGCGACAGAGAUGGUUUAAAAGAACCAGCUUUUGGUUAUUGCCAGGACUGCGAUGAACAUCUUUGUGAGAGUUGUUAUAAACACCACAGGAAACCAAAACCUACUAUGAACCACGUUCUGCUUGAUAAAGACAGAAUGCCUAAGCAAUUGAAGACUGGGAAUGUAAAAAAUGAUAAAAUAACUGAUUUUUGUACAAAACAUAGCGAUAAACCACUGGAAUUCUAUUGUAACACACAUGAUUCUAAUGCGUGUUAUGUUUGUGUGACUCUAGAGCACAAGCACUGCAAAGUAGACUAUAUUCCCGAUGUUUCAGGAAAUUUGUCUGGUGAGCUUGAAAAACUGAUUGACAGAAUGGAGACACUUAUGCAAAAGUGUAAAUCUAAUGUUAGAAUUGCAGAGACUGCUACAUCAAAUAUAGAACAAAUGUAUACGGCCGUUGUUGAAGAUAUACAAGUUUUCAGAAAUGAAAUAAACGAAUGUCUGGAUAAGAUGGAAGCCGAAAUUAUGAGGGACGCUAAAUCUCUCGCACUGACAGCAAAGAGUAAACAAGAAAAUGUAAAAACAGGAAGCUUACAUAUCGCAGAGGAAAUGUCAAGUACAAUGUCAAUGCUCAAGUCUCUGAGCGACGAAAACAAGCGAAACAAGCUGUUUAUUGAGAUGAAACACGUUGAACCUCAAGUUGUAAGACUAUCGGAUCAAGAGAAACAAUUAGCUGAAGAUAUCAAAACAGAUGCUGAAGUCAUAUUCCUACAAAAUGAGAAGACACUUAAUAAACUGAAAAGAAGCAACAUUCUUGGAACGAUUUCUACAUACGGGAGACCUUGUGCAGAAAGUGAAGUAUGUGUCCAAUAUGAAAGAGAAAUUCAAGUGCAAAACUCCUCUGAUGAGUCAAGAAGCAAUAUUUCUGGAAUGGUACUGAUUUCCACAACAAAUAUGAUCGUCGCUGACAACAACAAUAACAAAAUUAAAAUAAUAAAUAUAGACACAGGAACGUUGGUAUCAGAGAUAAUCCUAUCUUCAUCACCACGAGAUGUUAUUAAACUUCCACAAAAUAAACUUGCUGUUGCAUUACGUGAUGAAAAGUAUGUUGAGAUAAUUUCUUAUACUGAUACAAGUUUGUCUUUAGAUCGUCAUAUAGAUGUUGGAGAAUCAUGUUAUUGUUUAGCUUAUUAUCAAGACAAGCUGAUAGUAAGCUGUUAUUCUAAACACUGGAAGCUGGUUAUUCUGGGUUUAGACGGAAAAUUGAUACAGGUGUUUGAUAAUCCUGGAUUGUUUAAGGGGCCCGAAAAGAUUGUUAUCAGCAGGGAUGAGAAGUUCAUGUAUGUAUCUGAUUGUAAUGUUCAGCAUAGUAGAGUUGUAAAAGUAGACUGGCAAGGUAAAAGCGUACAAACAUUCGAAAAUAGAGGAUAUGUAAGACCAAAAGGAAUACAAGAGUUGGAAGAUGGUACGUUGUUAGUAUGCUACAAAAACAGUAACAAUAUUGUAAGAUUGUCGAGCAGCUUCAAGAAAUGUGAAAUUGUAGGCAUUGAGAAAACAAACUUUUAUAAUCCAGUGGCUGUAUAUUACAAUGAUAGAACUCAUAAACUGUACAUUAGUUGUUCAUGUGAAAAAAAAUUAUAUUCUUGUGAUAUAAUCAAGAUAUUUAGUGUAAAAUGGACUUAGAGAUAUGUUACCACUCUGAGUGUAAUCUAGUAUUUAUAGAAGACAAUUAAUUUUAGGCAACGAUAGUGUAUCCCUUUCAUUUACUGUUAAGGAGAACUAUCUCUCUGAAAGUAUGCUGACAGUGACAUUUGUGUAAUAUAUUGUAUCAUAUCAUUUUGCCAAUAAAUAUUUUAA